CAGCCGUGGUCCGGAGUAUAGCCGUGAACGUUUGCAACUACCUAGUCUGUGUCGUUUCGUGAUUGUUGUUACUUGUUAUUGUUACUCUUUCAGUCGACCGCGAUAGAUGCCAAAGCGAUGCCGUCUAAAAAAGGAAAGGCUGGCUUCGUACAGCAGAGGUAUCUACUAAGUGUAUUGGGUUUCAUAGCAUUAGCCAUCAGCUAUGUCCAACGGUUUUGUUUGAGCUUAGCAAUCACAGAAAUGGCCGAUGGACACCAUCACACUUUGUCAAAUGUUUCCGGAAUAUGUGUAACUGAAACACUCAAUCGUAACGUUACUGUACCCGAAAAAGAAUUGGAAUUCGAUUGGGAUGAAAAAACCCAAGGACUGGUGCUAAGUUCGUUCUUCUGGGGCUAUGUGAUGACUCAAAUACCUGGUGGUAUGCUAGCCGAUAAUUACGGAGGCAAAGUCACCGUAGCAUUAGGUGUGAUGUUAAGCAGUUUUGGAACUUUAUUGACGCCUUAUAUUGCCAGAUCGUACGGCCCCAUUGCUCUAGUAGGGCUGCGAUUGUGCAUUGGACUUGCACAGGGACCUAUAUAUCCAUCGAUGAAUAGACUUCUAGCUUCUUGGGUGCCCAUAGAAGAACGUGGUCGUUUGGGAUCAUUAGUUUUCGCUGGAGCGCAAGUGGGAAAUGUACUUUCAAUGCAAAUGGGAGGUUUCCUCAUACGUUACACAAGUUCUUGGACCAGUGUUUUUUACGUGUUCGGUUCCCUUGGUGUGUUUUGGCUCACGUUUUGGAUGUUUAUAGUGUAUAAUCAUCCGAACCAGCAUCCGUUUAUUGGCACCAAAGAAAAACUUUACUUGAGCAACACAAUACAAACUAAUGAUCCUAGAGAUGUGGAAAAAUUAAUUAUACCCUGGAAACGAAUUUUUACAUGUGGACCAGUAUGGGCACUGAUUAUCAUUCACAUAGGACACGAUUGGGGCCUUUUCGCCAUGAUUACCGAUCUGCCCAAGUACAUGAAGUCCGUGUUAGGCUUUUCAGUAGCCCAGAACGGAUUUUUGUCUGGAUUACCAUAUAUACUAAUGUGGUUUGUUGCUAUGAGCUCCGGAUUUAUCGUCGAUUCUCUCAUAGCGUCCAAACGCUUUUCAGUGACAAUUAUCCGAAAAUUCUUUGUUACUAUAGCCAGCGUUGGACCGGCUAUUGGAAUUGUGUCGGCUUCGUAUUCUGGCUGUAACAAGAUGUGGGCCGUAUUUAGUUUUACAUUGGGUAUGGGAUUGAUGGGCACGUUUGUGCCAAGCCUAAAAGUCAACGCUCUAGAUCUGAGUCCCAAUUUUGCUGGAACCCUAUUGGCAAUCGUAGGCACCAUUGGGUGUUUAUCGGGAACAGUAGCUCCUUAUAUUGUUGGCUUAAUGGUUCCAAACAGUACAAUGGAAGAAUGGCGCAAUGUGUUUUGGUUAUCUGCGGCCAUCCUUGUAGUCACUAAUAUAGUCUUUAUAGAGCUGGGUUCAGCAAAAGUACAACCAUGGAACGAAACCACAAAACGAAAAUACAAAAAUAACAGUUCCGAAAAUGUCUCACCGAUACUGAAACCAUUAUAGCGUUAUGAUAAAUUUUUAUAUAAACUAUAUGAGUGUCAACAUUUAUAAUUAUAUUAUUUAUUAUAUUAAAAAUAUAACAUUGUUCCAUAAU